AUGUUGAACCGAUCCGAUGCGCCUUUCUCUACAGGAUAUGAUCAUAUUGAAAUGCAGUCCGCCCGGAACAGUUCUCCUACGUCUGUUGACAUUGAGAUCAGCUCAGAUAUACAUUACAACGACUUUUCGCCUGUACUCGGUAAGUUUGGUGCUCCAAAAUGUCGUUGUACGUCAUCGCUGAUCUCAUUGUUAGCGAUGUGUGUUGGUCUGGUUGUGUUCAGCACUGGAUUAUGUUUCAUAAUUUUUUUCGAUCAAGAAAUACUAUUCUUUCCGCCGGGUAUCACACUCUCUGGAAUAGGAAUUCUGCUACUUGUGAUCGGUUGCGUCUUCUGGAUUUCCGAAUUUAUGUGCAACGAUUGUUUGACCGAUGUAGCCGUCAAACUCCGAGAAGCACCGAUUAAGAAUGCGCAAAAGAGACGGGAAGAGCGACUACGGUCAGCAGCGAGCACUCGAAAUGGCAGCCGAAUCUCCGUCAACUCACGCACGAAUCUUCAUUCGGUACAAAGUUUACCUUCACAAAUACGUUAUUAA